AUGGAUGCUGUCAUCGCGUUCACCUCCGGAAGCCCUAGCCCCACGCGCUUCUACUCCUCAGCUUCGCCGUCGUUGCGCGGCCCCCAUAGCCUCUCUGUCUGCGGCCCAUGGCGCGGCCGUGGGCGCCCCCUCCGCGCGCUCCGGCAUCGGUCCCAGGCCCAGGCCCCCGCGGCGGCGGCCGGGGCGGCCGAAGUCUCCCACCACGAUGUUGUAGUUGUGGGCGCUGGGAUCGUCGGGCUUGCCAUCGCGCGCCACCUCCUCCUCCACACUUCGCUCUCCGUUGCCAUCGCCGACGCUGCCGUCCCCUGCUCCGGUGCCACAGGCGCAGGGCAGGGAUACAUAUGGAUGUCGCACCGGAGGCCGGGGAGUGACACCUGGGAGCUGGCGCUGCGGAGCAAGCAACUUUGGGAGGAGCUGGCGGCCGAGGUUGACGGCCAGGGAGGCGGCGGUGCACGGGAGAGAUUAGGUUGGAUGAGGACAGGAAGCUUGCUUGUUGGGAGAAGUUCGGAAGAGCUGGACACAUUGGAGGAAAUGACCAAGGUUCUGUCUCAGGCAGGCAUACACGCGGAAUUCUUGUCAGCUUCUUCACUGCAUGCAUUAGAACCGGCACUCAGUGUAGGGAAAGAUGGUGGUGCUAUGUUCUUGCCACAAGACUGUCAGAUUGAUGCAUUCCAGGCUGUCUCUUUGAUUGAGAAGACCAAUAACUCAUAUUCCUCAGAAGGAAGGUACAGGGAGUUCUAUAAUGAUCCUGCCAUGUCAUUAAUAAGAUCGGAGGUUACUGGAACAGUUGAAGCUGUCCAAACUUCCAAAAACAUAUUGUAUGGCAGAAAAGCUUUUGUAAUUGCUUCUGGUGCCUGGACUCGAUCCUUAUUGCAUAGUUUCUUAGAACCAGCUUUGACAUUGGAUAUUCCUGUGAAGCCACGAAAGGGUCAUCUUCUUGUGUUGGAGAAAUUUGACAAGGUUAAGUUGAAUCAUGCCCUGAUGGAGGUAGGAUAUAUUGGCCAUCAUAUUGCUAAGCCAAAUAGCACACAUAUGGCUUCAGAAUCUAGUGAAGAUGAGCUUGGUGCUUUAUCCGUAUCAAUGACUGCAACCAUAGAUACAAAGGGAAAUUUGGUUCUAGGAAGCAGCCGGGAGUUCAAAGGUUUUUCGAGGGAGGUUGAUAGAUCCGUUGUUCAGUGUAUAUGGGAACGUGCAGGAGAGUUUUUUCCUGCAAUGAAGAAUGUUUCUUUUGAUAUUGAUCAGAAUACUCAAAUCAGAAUAGGGCAUCGCCCAUACAUGCCUGAUGGAAAGCCAGUUAUUGACUUUAUUCCUGAUAUGCCAAAUAUUUUGAUUGCAACAGGACAUGAAGGAAAUGGACUUACUUUGGCACUAGGCACUGCUGAAAUGGUCACCGAUAUGAUUCUUGGGAAUCCUGGAAAAGUGAGCCACUCACCUUUCUCCAUCAAACACAGAUUUUCAGAUCUUUUUGUCUCCAACACAGUUUAA